CGCUCUAGCAUCACCAAACCAACCUUUUGCCACAUUGAGAAAUCAUUCAGCCUCUCGCGCACGUUCACACCGCAAAAAUGGCUGCCAUGUUCAGCCAGAAUCCCCUCAUGAACGGGCCCAACUACGCCCUCAACGACGCACCCACAGCCCAUAACGAUGGCUUCCGACAGCACCGCUUUGACCCCUACACCGACAACGGCGGCUCGAUCCUGGCUAUCGCAGGCGCCGACUUCACCAUCAUGGCCGGCGACACGCGGCACACGGCAGGCUACAGCAUCAACACGCGGCACUAUCCAAAGGUGUUCAAGGUGGGCGGCAGCACCGCAGACCAGCACGACGCGACGCUGGUGCUGUCGGUGUGUGGGUUCGCGGCGGACGGCGAGGCCCUAAAGGAGCGCCUCGACACCAUCUGCAAGAUGUACCGGUAUCGUCAUGGCAAGCCGAUGAGCGUCAACGCCUGCGCCAAGCGGCUGUCGACCAUCCUCUACCAGAAGCGCUUUUUCCCAUACUACGCCUACGCCAUCCUCGGAGGCCUGGACGAGGACGGCAAGGGAGCCGUCUACAGUUACGACCCGGUUGGCAGCUACGAACGCGAGAUGUGCCGCGCGGGCGGCGCCGCUGCCAGUCUGAUCAUGCCCUUCCUAGAUAACCAGGUCAACUUCAAGAACCAGUAUGUACCGGGCAGCGGCGAGGGACAUGCGCUGCAGGAGCGCCCAAAGAACCCACUCCCCAGGAGAGAGGUGGAGAUCUUGGUGAAGGAUGCGUUUGACGGUGCAGUGGAGAGACACAUUGAGGUUGGUGAUGGUCUGCAGAUGAUGAUCAUCACUGCAAAUGGUAUUGAGGAGGUCCUUCUGCCUCUGAAGAAAGAUUAAACCAGCAAGUUGGGAACAAGAGUUUCCUCUAGCAAGGUCAAUCACUUGGCUUGUACGAUACGACAUGAGGGUCAUUCGACUAUGAGGCUACGUAAUUAGAAUAUCAGUCUGAACC